AAAAACAACACAGAAUAGAAAAAAAAAAGAGAGCAUAGUGAGAGGUUAGUUAUUAGUAUAAUACACUACAAAAUUUUCUAGUAUAAUUUUCUCUCAUUUUCUCGGAGGAGAGAGAAAGCUAGAAACUUUUUUAAUUUUUCCUAGUUUUUGUAAUUAAUAUUCUGCUCCGAUCUGCAUACUAAAACCACCCAUUAGAUCCAACUUUACUACUAAACAUUCUUGGCAUUGUAAUUACCAUUUAAAGUUUGUUUCUUUUGUUUAAUUUAAGAUCUUAUAUUAAUUUCAACAAGUUUUCAACUUGUUUUGAAGCUAAUUUGACUUCAAGUCAAGCUGGUUUAGUUUAACUGAGCUUGAAUUGGUGGGUAGUAAUUUCAGUUUUUAUGGUUGGUGGAAGUUGAAAUUUUGAGUAUGAAUUUGUGGGUAUGGGGUGGAGGUUGAAAAGUUGUGAAAUUUCAUGGUUUUUGGUACCAUGGGAUCAUUAGGGUUUGUGGAGAUUGUUGUGAGAAGUGAUUAAUUUUGGUUACCAUGUUGGUUGAAUUACUGUAAAGUUUGAGUCUUUUUGGAAGUUAAUUUAGUUAGUGAAGCUGAAAUUUUGAGUUCAAGGUUAGGUUUUUCUGUUUUUUCCCCCAAAAAGUUGAGAAAUUUGGUUUGUGAAAUGGGUGAUUUUAGGUUAAGAAGUGAAAAGUAUUGAUUGGGAAGUUUUAGUUUGUAGUGGAGAUAUGCCUCCUUCUCCAGCAUUGAGAUAUUCUCCGGGGAGGGAUCCUAGAGGGGAUAAUCAUAAGCGGGGUCGGAGUCUCGAAGGCGGUUUGGUUUUUAAGGGGAAGGAUGAUGAUUUGGCUUUGUUCAAUGAAAUGCAGUCUAGAGAAAGGGAGGAUUUUUUGCUGCAAUCUUCUGAUGAUUUUGAAGAUACAUUUUCGUCGAAGUUGAGACACUUUUCGGAUUUCAAGCUUGGAAUUUCAGUUCCUGCGAGGGGAGAGAGUAGUGAAAUGCUUAAUGCCGAUGGGGAGAAGAAUGACUAUGAUUGGUUAUUAACUCCUCCCGAGACUCCUCUUUUUCCUUCGUUGGAUGAUGAACCGCCACCAGUUAAUGUCCCAUCCAGGGGUAGAACUAGGAGCCAGCCUAUUACCAUAUCAAGAUCAUCUACGAUGGAGAAGAGUUAUAGGAGCAGUAGAGGCAGUGCAAGUCCAAAUCGCUUAAGUCCAUCACCUCGGUCUGGUAACAGUUCUCUUCAAUCCAGGGGAAGGCAGUCAUUGGGACCUCAUUCUAGCCCAACUCAUAGUCAACGGCCUGUCACUCCAUCACGCAGACCUUCCCCUCCACCGAGUAAAGCAUCAACACCUGCUACAAGGUCUUCGACUCCAACUCCUAGAAGGACAAGCACUGGCUCUGGAACAAGGGGGGUUUCCCCUGUAGGAACAAGGGGAGUUUCCCCUGUAAGAACAAGCCGAGGGAACUCUGCAUCGCCAAAGAUAAGCGCGUGGCAAUCAAAUAUCCCUGGUUUUCCUUCUGAAGUACCACCUAAUCUUCGCACUUCCCUGGCAGAUCGACCGGCGUCAUACGUAAGGGGUUCCUCACCAGCAUCCAGAAAUGGCAAGGAGUCAGCUUCAAAAUUUGGUAGGCAAUCAAUGUCUCCAACUGCUACUAGAAGUGUUAGUUCAUCGCAUAGCCAAGAUCGAGAUCGGGUUAGCUCACAUAGUCGUGGAUCUGUUGCCUCAUCUGGUGAUGAUGAUGUGGACUCGAUGCAAUCCAUUCAUGUGGGCAGCUUAGAUCGUUUAGCUGCAAGGAAGACAAGUACAUUUACAAAUAAUAGAACUAUGGCAAUUUCUAAGAAGUCAACGAGAAUAUCAUCACCAAGUUCUGCUCCAAAGAGAUCCUUUGACUCUGCACUUCGUCAAAUGGAUCAUCGGAAGAGUCCUCAGAACAUGUUCAGACCACUCUUAUCUAGUGUGCCCAGUUCAACAUUCUAUGUUGGAAAAGGGAAUUCCGUACAUCGUCCUUUGAUAUCCAGGAAUUCGUCAGUUACCACAAGUAGCAACACAAGUUCUGAUCAAGGUAUCAAUUUUGCGCAUGAUACUGAAGGGAGUGAUCACCACCAGGAAGAUGUGGCUAUUGAUAGUAGGAAAGCAACAUAUUUUAAUGCUCAGGAAGAAGUGUUUUCCUUUGAUAAGGUGGAUGCUUUAAAUAGGGAUGUUAGGCAUGAGACUGAUGACGGUCCACUUCACUUUCGGGUUGGUAAUGACUCUGAAGAGUUUAGGCACCAGGGGAUUGAAAUGGAAGUCAGUUAUGAAUCUGAGAAUUUACACACAGCUGAUUUUUCAGAAGUCGAUAGUCACGAGAACACAAAAAUUUGCACUGAAUGUGGAAGCAGAUAUCGCUUCAUUGAAAUGGUGAAAAAUGACUUAGAUCUUUGUCCAGAUUGCUGUAGACAAGACAAUCUCAUGGCUGUCACGAAUUCAGAAACAUCUUUAGUAGCUACAGAGAACUUCCACAUGUUGUCUGCUAGUAUUUCUGAAGAAUGCAAAUCAUUUGAUGAGCCUCCAACACAGCUGGCCGUGCACGGCUCCCUGUCACACGUUUUUGAUGAGUUAGAGGAAAGAAUUACCCGACAAGAACAAAAUGCCAAGCAUGGGCGAACUUCAAAUCAAGAGCAAAGCCAGAGUUCCUCCCAAGAAAGUUCUCUUGCUAGGUCACUGGUGGAGGGAGAUGAGCAGAGGAUCAAUAGCCAUAGACGAUCUGAUAGUAACUCUGGUGCUCAUGAAUUGACGCAACCUAAUGACCACAGAAGACUUAAAAUGGAUGUCUCGGAAGGUGCUGGCAUAUCUGUACUGCUUAAGAGGUCAAGCAGUAGCAAAGGUCCUGUUGUCCAGGCCAGGACUUUUAUUGCCUCUACCAUUUCAUGUGAUGAUUUCUCUUACACUAAAGAGAGUGUAAACAGUUUGAGAAGCUCCAUUGGACAUGGCAGUAAUUCUGCUUCAUCUUCUAUUGAUUUCGGUUCAGCUAAGCAAGUAGAAACUCGUGUUCUGCGGCAGUUAAGUGGCAAGAAAUCUGAGAUGGAAAACUACAAAUAUGACAGACCUCAAAGUGCUGGGUCAUCUUUUUCUGGAACUUCGAACCCAGCUUAUCAUGCUUUAGGUCUUGCAACAAGUACUCAUGACGAGAACAGUGAGGCUUUUGUUGGUGAUAUUACACAUGAUCGAAUAGAAGCAGAGACUGCAGCUUCUCGUGGAAAUUUGGUGCCUUCAGAAAACACAGAAAUUGACGAAAUAGUAGCCGAGGAAGGUUCUCAUAAAGAGAUUGAGAAUUAUAGAAUAACGGAUGCUUCUACAUCAGAUGAAUUGUGCCAGGCAGAUAAUAUCCAAUUAGAAGGAAAUUUUGUAUCUUCAUUCCGAAAUCAUGAAGAAGAGGAAGAUGAUUUGCCAAACAAUAUAAGCAGUUCAGACAUAGAAACAUCGAUUAUUCCUCCAGAUCCUCAUGUAGAAAUCGACCAUACCAUGUUGAACACUAGUCUUGAUGGACUAAACAACGCGGGGAUUCCCACACAUAGUUCUUUAGCCUCAAUAUCAGAAAUAGAGACCGAGAACUAUGGUCAAAGCAGUCCUGGCUCAGAAAACGACGAUGUCUCUGAAAAUUUAAAAAGAACAGUAAAAGAAAUUCAGGACAUCUCAGUCCCUCUACCAUCAGACAAGGAUGACUCUGCAUCUAUCCUGGAGAAUAACAUCUCGGAUCAUGGGCAUGGCAUAUCGGAUGAUUCAACUAUAAUGAUUCAUAGAGGAAGCAAGGCAAGAAGCUUAACCCUGGAAGAAGCAACCGAUACAAUACUAUUUUGUAGCUCCAUUGUCCACGAUCUGGCCUACAAGGCUGCAACGAUAGCCAUUGAGAAACAAGACUCGGGACCUCUAGAAGGUUCUAGACCAACUGUUACGAUUCUCGGGAAGUCCACGGCUGAUAGAAAGGAUUCACGAAGCAGAACUGCUGGAAAACGUACACCAUCAAAAUCCCCGAAAGUGAAACAGAAACAUAUGGAGUUGGGUAUAAAGUCGCCAUCUAAGAAAACCGAGAAUGACGAAAAUGUCAAUGGAGCAAUGGUACGAAACGUCGGCCUUCCUAAUAACAUGGACUGUACAAAGCCUCCAAAGCUGGAAUCCAAGUGUAAUUGCACAAUAAUGUGACAAGUGUUUUUUUACUAUUCAUAUCCGCCCCCGGGCGCUGACAUGGUCCUCCACGGAACUUUGCUACUCACUACCAGCCCACAUGGAGAAGAAAUUAACUGAGUGAAUGUAUGUUAUUAGAUACUUUUAUUGUUUUGAUGUGUUUGAAGGGCUGGUUACAAAUUUAUUUGUAAGAAUCACCACCAAUAUGUUGGUGACAUAAUUGUAAAGUUUUUUUACUUUUUGAAAUUUGUUUAGUAGGUUGAUAUUAGUGAAAAGGCAGUGGAGAGUUUGUGUUUGUUCCUGCUCCAUUUUGCCACAUUCUUGUUAGGUAUUCCUCAACUUUGAUUCAAGUCCUUGGUUAGAGAGAGUGUGAAUCAAAUCAAAUCAUUCUUAUUUAUUAGUAUUAUUAAAAUUUCCAUUUUUGCUUUAA